AUGGUUGGAUGGUUUAGAGGAUGGUCGGAUGCAUGGUUUGGAAAAAGAAAGAGAAUACCAAUGGCAAAGCAGGGUAGUGUAGUUAGUGAUAAACGGUUAGGCAAUCAUAAAGGCAUGAGUACAAGUGUCCUAGGAUGGUAUUCAUCCUAG